CCUUGAAAGAACCUUUCCUUUUUUCUUAUUGGACCGGCGAAAAUCUACUUUCCGCCGUCCAGAAACGUGUGUGUUUCUGACAGAAAUACGCCGUGGUCACCUGGCACCCGGUUUUUCUCCCGUGGAGGGCGUUCCUUGUCUGGUUCCUCUGUAACCAACAAGAUGUUUAUCAUGCAGAUCUUCGUGUGACUUUGAGAUUUAUGGCUGACUUCCGCGCUCAACUUGUCUCCGCUCUAAACGAGGAAGGCGCUCGCCGGCGACUUUCGAGGAAAACUCUCUCGACGGGUGCUUGAAUUUCUUCGUUUUCCUCGUGGAAUACAACGAACUUCCUCUCUCCUUUUCAACCUCUUUCAAAGACAGCCGAAACCACAACGUCCGAAUCCCCUUUGUCUUCCAAGCGCCUCUCUGCAUUCUCUUUCACACCCCCGUCGUUCCUGACAGGCAAGACUCCGACGCUCCCAAGAUGUGUGGUUGUCUCCUGUAACUUCCGCUACCUCUGUCUGACGAUUUUUUUCGGCCUCUCGAGCGCCAGCCAAUUGCUUUUCUUCUUUUCGGCAGUUGAGGAACGAAGAAGCGAGGUGCCUACGCCCUGUGCCGACUUCAGCGGCGCUCUCCUCCUUCCUGGAGGUAUAAGAUUCGAGCCUCCUUUCUACGAAAGAGAGGCCUGCGGCUCUGCAACUCUGGACGUCCUCUCACAUGCGACCUGCAGUCCCCCAGAGUCCUGUUCCCCUGUCGUUUCCUCCCCCUGCUUCUCUGGCGUCUCCUCUUUGUCCAUUCUCUGUACGGUGUCCUGGGGAGAUUCUCAGAGUUUCGUCUGUGCAGAUGGCGCAUCCGUCGGAGCCUCCGCCGCAUGUGCGGGGAGAGUGGACUUCAGUUCAGCAGCGUCGGCGCCAUCUCCUCUUUUCCUCUCUUUCUCCUCCCUCUCCCGGAACGCAUGCAAGUCCACCCUUCCCCCUGCCUUCGGCGCAUGCAGCGCCGUUCGCGUCCAAUGGCGUCUCUCCUCUCCACGACUCGACAGAGCCGCUGCUCUCCGGAGAACGACGGAGCUCGCAGACGCAGCGAGGAGGACCGGAGAGGACCGACGGGGGAGAGCGAGGAGAGAGAGGAAGGCGAGGAAGUCCAGAAACGUUGAAUGCGGCGCUCAAGGCAGCGGGGGAAAUGGUGAAGUACGCCGCGUCUCAGUGGGAGCGCGCGGCGUCUCAGAGUGAAUCGCUCGUUGCCGCGCUCAAGGUUUCUUUGGAGAAGGAGACAGUCAGCCGCCGGCGCGUUGAGGAACUGGAGGCCCAGCUGACGGCUCAGGAGCAACGCAUGCAGUUGGAGGAACAGAGAAGGGAACUGGAGAGAGAAGAAGAAAAAGAAAAAAAUCUUCUGUCUGCGGAAGUGACCUCUCUUCGAGAACAGCUGCGUUCUGCAUCGAACCUCGCAGCGGAGCAACAACUGAAAGUGGAGACCGAGUUGUCUGUCCUGCGCGGCGAACUGCGUCGGAGAGAAGAAGAAAUCUGCGAACACAUGCUGCAACUGGAGAAGGUCCACGUCAUCAACCAAGGCCUUCAGCAGCAGGUGGCGGAGUUGCUGUCGUUUCGGGAGGCCGGAAGCGCCUGCACAGCCAGUCGCUCGAGUUCGCCUCAAUCUCCUCUGCCAGAGAACUGCGCCGCCUUGCCGGCGGCAGAGAGACAGAAGCGAGUGGAGACUCUCGGCGCUGCAGCGGAGUCGUACGCGUCCGAGAUGCAGACGAAGCUCGCGUCGCUCCGUUCGCUGCUCGACAGCGGCGCUGGGAAGAAGGACUUGGCCCCCGAGUCGACAGACGCGGAACGUUGGCGCGGGCAGGCGACAGAGAGCCAGGCUCUACAUGACGAACUGGAGAGGAUGAAGAAGCAGCUGGAGGCUGCAGAGAAGCGCCUCGCAGAAACCAAGAUGUCGCGGGCGUCUGUCGAUCGGGGGAGAGCAACAGAGGUGACGACGCUUGAGGCGCAGCUUGCCGCAGCUGAAGAGAAGCUGACGUCGCUUGCGAACGAGUCGAGAGAGAAGGAGGCGCAAGUCAAGGCGCAUGCAGAGAAGGCAGAAAGUCUUGAAAGGCUUCUGCAGGCCGCGAGGAAGGAGAAGGACGCUCUCGAGCAGGCAAAUGCAGAGCUCGAACGACGAACGAGAGAGGCAGAAAGCGAGACGAAAAGCAAGGUGGAAGCGAUGGAAGCAGAGCUGAAGAAGGAGAUGGAGAAGCGAGAAAAGGAUAUGGAGAAGCGAGAGAAUGAGCUGAAGAAGGAGAUGGAGAAGCGAGAGAAUGAGCUGAAGAAGGAGAUGGAGAAGCGAGAGAAGGAGCUGAAGAAGGAGAUGGAGAAGAGAGAGAAGGAGCUGAAGAAAGAGAUGGAGAAGAGAGAGAAAGAGGUGACCCAAAAAGCGAAGGAGUUGUGUGAGGCCCAAGAGGCCUUUCGACGUACACGCGAAGAAGACGCGGCUGCUGGAGAUGAGCGGAUCAGUUUGGAGACAGCGAAAGUGGAGGCCGAGGGUAUCCGGAGAGCAGCGGCAGAAAGGCAGGCCGCGUUGGAGGCAGAAGUCGCGAGCUGGAAAGGCAAAGAAGAGGAACUGAGGCAACGUUUCGCAGCAGCGGUGGAGACACACACGAAGGAGAUCGAGUCUGCGGUCUCUGCCGAACGCGCAGAGCACUUGCGCGAGAAGGCGCAGCUGCAAGCAGUCCUGUCUGAGGCGAACGCACGAUUGGCCGAGAGAGCAGAGGAAGUCUGCUCUCUGGAAGCGAGAGUGGAGACGCUGCAGAUGCAGCUGGAGAACGCGCGUCUCGAGCAGGAGGAGGCGCAGGCGAGGUUCAGCGCGGACCGCGCGGAAGAGGAGGCGAAGGCGAAGCAGCGCGACGAGGAGAAAGAGAGUCUGGCGAGAGAAGUCGCCGCGCUGAAGGCAACAGAGAGAGACGAAAUCAACCGCGCCGUCGCGGAGGAGAGAGCAGCGGCAGCGGAGGAUCGCCAGAACUCCGAAAAGAUGCGGACGGAGUUGAGGCGACUCCUCGCAGAGGCCGAAGACCGUUUGGAGGAGACGCAGGCGAAACUCGUCGCUCUGCAGAAGCAGGUUGCAGAGACGCAGCCGCUUUUGGUGGAUCUGCAGUUGAAAGUGAAUGUGCAGAGAGAGGAGAUCCAGACUCUGACGCGCGAGAAGGAGACCUCGGAAAAGAUGAAGCAGGAGAGAGAAGAAAGUCUGCAGUUUGCGCUGGAGGAGGCACGCGCGCAGAUGGAGCAAGGCGAGAGGCGCUUGGCGGAAGUGAAGAGACAAAACGAGCGAGAGGGUCUUGUCGCCAGGGCUGCCCAGCUGAAAGUGAAGAUGCUCCUCAGUCGCGUAUCGCAGCUCGAGAAGGGGAUCUGCCAAGUCCAGCUGCGCAACGCCGAAAAACGAACAGAAGCAGAGGACGUGGAGCAGGACUUCGCAGACGCACACGAAGAAGCCGUCUCUGUCGAGACACCUGAACUGACGCUCGAGACAACAAAGGACGAAGCGGGAGAAGAGAAACAAGCGACAGACGAGAGAGAACAGAAACAAGCGACAGGCGAGAGAGAACAGAAACAAGCGACAGGCGAGAGAGAACAGAAAGAGGAGAGAGAACAGAAAGAGGCGACAGGCGAGAGAGAACAGAAAGAGGAGACAGGCGAGAGAGAAGAGGAAACGAGAAGUCGAGGACGAAGACGAAGAGCCCAAGACGGGAAGAAGAAACCGGAAGAAAACGAAACACAAGACAGGGCACAGGAGAAAGGCGAGAACGAAGAGAAGAAGGAAGUCCACGGAGUGGAAGAGACGAUGGAGACAGCUUCACCGCGGCGCCAAAACGUCGGGAAGAAGGUGGAAGAGCUCCCUUUCUCGACAGCAAAUGCAGAAGCGGCACAAGAGGAGCAAGCGUCUAUCGAUGGACGAACGCGAGCUCGAUGUGCGUCUCCACCUGAAAGCGCCAGGCCUCUUAAGAAGCAGAGGGGAGAGAGAGCGAGACCUGAAGACCAUGCAGAAAGUGGAAAAGCCGAGGGGCCUUCUUCUCCAGUUCGAGAGACUCCUGAGUCUCCUCCGCCUGUCUCCGCUCCGGAGAGCGUCUCCGUUCCCUCUGCGCAUGCAGUCGAGGCCGGCGCCGCGGAGGCGGGUGUAGAGACAGCUGAGGACGGAACGCGAAGGGUUGGGAGGCCGCGGAGAGAAAGAGGUCAGAGUGAGAAGAAGAGAAACACAGACGUACACAGUCCUGCGCGAGGCCUGCGCUCUUCUUCAGACGAAGGCGACCACAGCGCCUCUCCGCGCGCGACGCGAGGAAGCCAUCUUGUCUCUCCCUCGCUGGCCGCGUCCGUCGCGGAGGAAGAAGCUGCGAGGCCUGGCAGCGCCCGGCGCAGACGCGGCAGAGGGACGUCCCUCGACAAGGCGUCUGCCUCAGAGUCCUUCCGCAGACCUGCGGCGUCGCCUCUGAAGGUUUUCCUUCCUCUGCCUCCGUCGGGGACUGCGGAGAUCCCAGGAAAAGGCGGCGCGUUCGACGGCAGUGCAGAGAAGCAGCCGCCGUCGUCCAACGGCGCCAGCAGCGGAGAAGACGAGCCUGCAGGACAGGGCGGAGGCGCGAGUCGAGGAAGAAGACGAAAGACGGAAAUCGCGGAGAAAGCCGAGAAGGAAACGCGGCGAGAGACAAAGGGGCGCCCCGGCAAAGGCAGGCGCCAGACGACCGCCUCAGACGAGGAUGCAGAAUAGAGACAGUCCCGUUUGCAUGGCGAACAGACGCGUAAAGAAGUCGAGGGGGACGCAGAAGAAAUGAGAACACAAGACGAGGAGAAGGACCGAAAGACGAACGCGACAAGGAGAGAGGCUGGACUACCGGAGAGGCGAAAGAAGAAAGAGAAAGUUGGAAGAACAGGCUCCUCGUUUGUCGCAGACCUUUGUUGGUCCUCUCUCUCUCCCUCGAAGCUCUCUGUCUCUCUUCGUUCUCUUCCACAAACCUCUUUGACUCUGCUGUUUCUCCCUUGGCAGACAGACCUCUGUCGUUUUCCAUCGAGCCUUACUGUCGCCUCGUUCAUGCUUGUUUUGUUUUUCUUGCCCUAUGCGACACCCCCGUGCUGCGUCGCUUCCUUCCUCUUGGCAGGCGCUCUCUGUUGCUGGCGUCUUUUUCUUGCUCUUUUUCUUGCUCGUUCUGUUGGCGCCGAACCAUGGUUUGUGUCCAACGCGCGCAGACGGUUUCGCAGCUUGAACGCAUCUGCGAGGCGACGUCCGUUCCCUUUCUGUCGCGAUCUGUGAAGCUAAGGAGACGGUUGAACGUCCUCGCAAGCUGUGCGCUUGCCUGGGGCUCUCGCCUGAACACUGAUGAAUUGUUUUUCUUUCGUUUCCAGAAACGUUCUUGCCUCCUCUUGUGGACGAAGGCGCGAGAAGGGAAAGCGAGAAGCCGCAGUUGCUGCUUUGCAGGCACCAUGGAAGAACGAAAGAGCGAGGAGGCAGCGAUGAAGAACUGCCUCUCCGAGCAAGCUCGCUGCUGCUUGCGUCUGUGUAGGUGUGGUCCAGUCUCGGCGUCUCUCGCCCCUCCGCUUGCUCAUCCACAUUCCUCCUGUCUGUGGAGUUUCAUUUCCGUCGAAGUUCCGAAGUCUGAAGUCCAUUCCUCACUCUCUUGCCUCACACACGUCGCGGAACUCUCUGCUGCGUCGUCUCUUCUGACCAAGUGAAGCGAAGCGACGAACUGCACUGCUGUGAGGCUUCCUGUUGCGCUUGCGUCAGUAGCACCCUCACCUCGAAAAGGAGAACGAGGAUUCAUGUUGGCCGCAGCAACGAUCGGGAGCUCCACACUGCGUCUUCUUCACUCAUGCUCUUGCCGGGCGUCUUUGUCUCUCUAGGAGAAACUCGAAAAUCCUCGAGGCAGCUCGAAAAGAAUGCGAAGAAACGCAACAGACAGUGCCUCUGACGAAACGGUGACUGGGAGAGUAAUCAGUAACAUAAAGUCAUUAUAAGGCAAGCAGUGAAACAAGCUGAAAAGAGACGGUGUGUAGAAGUGAGUUGCCUAAUCAACGGUAGGAGUAUCGCCACUGCAGUUCCGGACUGUGCAAGAAAGCCAA